AGAAAAGUGUGCUGACUCAUGAAGGUUCUGCAAGUGGGCGUGACUCUACAAGUGGGCGUGACUCUGCAAAUGGGUGUGACUCUGCAGGAUUGUUUGAAAUAGCCCAAUAACUUGGAUCCAGCAAAAUAUGUCAGCAUCGUCUUCAUCAUAGUUCAUCACAGCAUAGCUGUUGGUAGAGCAGCCUUGCCAGCCACUAGAGGGUUCCUUGUUCGAUCCCUGCUUUCGCCAUCCUAGUCUCUUUCCGUUGUGUCCUUGAGCAAGACAAUUUACCCACCCGCUCCAAGGGCCACCCACACUGGUUUAAAUGUAACUUAUAGAUGUAGCUAAUGGGAUUCACUAUGUAAAGGACAUGACUUUAAAGGAGCAAGAGAAAAGCGCUAUAUAAAUACAAUUUACUUCACUUCACUUCACCCAGCAAGCAAGUUGUAAUUGGAGACAGGCGCCAUAAACGCCACCACCAGGUUAAUGAUUGCACUUUAGCAUGCUAGAGUUGGCAAAGGUUGCCUUCAUGACUUCAGCGAUGCCACAACAUCUAACACUCCUGCUGGACUGUCCUCUUGUCAUCGCAGCCAUCUUUACACUGGGCAUUGGCGGGACAUUUCAGUACGGAUUCUGCAUAUCUGUGGUCACGUCCUCCUCGACUUACAUCAAGGAGCUGCUAAACCAAACGUGCCUAGAAAGAUAUGAAGUCAGACUGACACCAUGGCACAUCUCCCUCAUCUGGUCCUUCAUUGUCUCCCUUUUUUGCGUGGGCGGGUUGCUGGGCACGCUCUUGGCGCCUCCAAUCUUCUCCAAGUACGGCAGAAGAACGUGUCUUCUGCUCAACAACCUGCUGGCGAUAAUGGGAGCUGUGCUGAUGCUCUUCAGCAGAGCAGCCGCGUCCUUUGAGAUGAUCAUGGCCGCCCGGCUUCUGUACGGCAUCAAUUCGGGUGUCAGUCUCUCAACUCAAUCCGUGUACCUUGUUGAAUGCGCCCCGAAGAUGCUGAGAGGGAUGGUAGGCGUCACCAUCGCCACCUUCAUCGCUGCAGGGAAAUUCACUGGUCAGCUGCUGGGGAUCAGCGAGCUCCUGGGCACUGAGGAGCGAUGGCACUUCCUGCUGGCCUUCAACGCUCUGCCGGCCUUGUUUCAGCUCCUCACCCUCCCUUUCCUGCCAGAGUCGCCCAAGUUCCUGCUCCUGGAGCGAGGAGACCAGCAGGCCUGCCAGAAAGCUGUGACCAGGCUGUGGGGGAAGAAGGACCACAGCAGUGAGCUGGAGGACAUGUUGGAGGAAAAAGCUGCCCUCCAGAACGUCACCAGCCGCUCCGUGAUGGAGCUCUUGCAGGAUGGAAGCAUACGCUGGCAGGUCAUAACCAUCGUGGUGACCUUCAGCUCGCUACAGCUCUGUGGCAUCAACGCAGUGUACUUCUACUCCUAUGAGGUGUUUGCAGCAGCAGGAAUCCAACAACAACAGUUAGCCUACGCUGCUUUGGGAACCGGGCUGUGUGAGAUGAUGGCCUCCUUGGCGUGCUUUGUGAUUAUCGAGAGUGCCGGGAAGAAAGUCCUCCUCUCCAGAGGAUGUCUGGCCAUGGCUGCUGCACUCGCCCUCCUCACCGUCACUCUUCAUCUCCAGCAACACAUCUACUGGAUGUCCUACUGCAGCAUGGUCCUCAUUUUUACCUUCAUUGCCCUUUUUUCCACUGGACCAGGAGGAACAACCGCUCCUCUUCCGGGUGUAAUUUUCACUCAGGCGUAUAAAUCGUCCGCAUACUUGGUGGCCUGCACCAUCAACUGGACGGGCAUGUUCACUGUGGGGAUGGUUUUUCCAAUUUUAGUGGGUCGCAGGGGUGCUGGAGCCUAUCUCAGCUGCAUUCGGGCGGAAGGCGAGGUACACCCUGGACAAGUCGCAACCUCAUCGCAGCUUAGUGGAGAAUCUGGGCUCCCUAUGCUUUAUCCUGUUCCUGUUGAUGUGUUUGUGUUGCGGUCUGUACGUGCUCUUCCAUGUCCCCGAGAUGAACAACAAGACACCUCUGGAGAUCGCCACAGACUUUCAGCGGCUGCACAACAAGUCCCUUUUAAAGUCCCCUGAUGUCGCCAAAACACAGCAGACCAAAUUUUAGAUUUAUUAAAAAUAAAAAUAAGAUAAACUUU